AUGAACCUUAAUGCAGGGUAUUAUAGAAUUUAUAUUUCUUAAUGUACUCACUCAGUCUAUUUUCCAAAUAUUUAUAUGUGGUGAAAACUUUUUUAGGCGUUUUUCAUUUUGUAUUUUUACAUUUAUUGCUCUGAAAAUAUGAGUAUUUACCACUGGAAACUUGGAGAUAUAGCACUUGCAAGAGUGUGUCACAAAGUUUACGCAAAAGUUAGAGUGGUAAAAGAUGAGAAAGGUUUAUUUUAUGAUGACAAAGUUCUAGGAAUAUCUUCAAACGAAGAUGACAGUAUUACUACUACUGAAGAACUAUGUUACUAUGUUGAAAUAAGCCGUACAAAGGAGAGAAUUUGGUUGCCCUACACAAGUCUCCACCUUGCAGAGCGUUCCCGGCCUUUCUAUGGCAAAGAUAGUACGGAAAAAGUGCGAGUGCUUAAGCCAAUAGAAAAUAAAUCACCAAAGAAGAGGAAGAUUAAGGAAGACUACACAUUGCCCAUGAAUGUGAAGCUCUCUAAACUGAAGGAGCCCGAUCUGAACACAAACUAUGAUAUACUUCACAUGCCUCUCAAGAAGGGCAAAUAUGACAACGCAUUCCAAGAAUUCGUGAGGCGAGGAAAAGAAAUGCUGUUUGAUAACUAUUUCUUUUGCAUGCAAACAGCGAAGAACAGAGAUGAGGAUUGCCUAGAUUAUUUAUUGAAUGUGGAUGCUAGUACAGAGGACAAGUUCGAAAUGGUGCUGAGAAAUGUUGCAACUGAGAAAGAAGUCGAGAACUAUUUGCGUCAAUGUUGGAGGUACAACUUCGUCCAGAAGCAGUUGGACACCAAAGAGAUGUUGGACAGUUUGCACACGUCCCCGGAGAAGCAAGCGAUAACGAUGCAUGCUCCGUGGUGCCUCGUAUGCGGGAAACCGGACAAACUGAGGGAGUGUCCCAAAUGUCCUGCGUCUUUCCACCUGCCUUGUAGGAAGGAGUGGCUGGUCACCAUCUUACAUCGCAAAAAGCCCCCGAAGCAAGCGCCGGCGCAGACGUUCGUGAAGAAGAUCCUCUCCAGCACGAGGGUCAUCAGCUCCGUGCAGAAGAACAAGGAGAACGUGGAGCUGUGCCCCAGCUGCAUGUGGGGACCGAAAAUUGGAUAUGAGGACGUGGUCUGGCACAAACUGGGCACUUGUCCAUGGUGGCCGGCCAAAGUGUUGCCUCCGGGGGCGGUGCCGUCUUGUCUGUUGGCAAGAAAGCAUUCGCCGAGAGAUUGGCCUCUGCAAUACUAUGUGUUCACGAGUAUAUACUGCCAUCGGGCAAUAUUCCGCUGUCUGCUGAAGUACGCGUGCAUAUUAAUCUACUCCACUUCAAUAUUACUGGUGAGAACAAGUUCUCGUGGGGCGCGUCGGGCCGCAUGUGCCUGCUUCUGCCGUCACACACGGCGGCGCUGGCGGCGCGCGAUCCCAUUCUGCGGCAGGCCAUGCUCGACGCGGAGGAUGACUACAUCGCUACCUACCUCACUUAGGAAGCAUAUAACUGUAUAAGGAUAGAAUGGUGUCAAUACUGGCAUGAUUCUCCAAACUUAAAACUAAAUUUAACAUCAAUCUCUCCUUUUCAUUCUGUAUAGAGAAUGACAAGGAUAAACUGUUGUUAAAUUUAAGUUUAGAUUUAGAUAGCCGUGCCAGAAUCGACACCAAUAUUAUAGUUAUUAACGGGUCUGCUACCAUGCACCUUGCUUUUGUGAGUCUCCGAUAUUAUUCCGUGAUCAUGGCGCUUACAACAGUGCCGAAACAUCGGGGACUCGCAAAAAACAAGCCUGCACUGUAGCAAUCCCGUUAAUACCUACACUCGGCGUCAAAUAAAUCGCACCUCCGCGAAGAUAACUUUCAAGCGUUUUUAUAACCCUUAACACACGCAUUUUACCCCACCAAUAUUGGUUUUAUUUGAUAACUCAUUAAAUGAACUUGAAUAAACAAUUCGAUUAAUUUAUAUUUUUAUUGGAACAGUGUAAAAAACAAUUGGAGUUACAAAUCAAUAAAAAACCCUUAAUUAAAAACAUAAUUUAAAAAAAAACAAAAAGUUUUUUAAAGCUAACCAGCUUUAUAAAAAUAUAUAUAUUUUAGAUUUAAUAUGAAGUGUUUUUUGUGAAAGAUCUUUUCGGAAAAACCCCCAUUUGAACCUGUAUUAUCUCUUUUAUACCCACUAAAGGUAUUGCAACUAGUGGCCCUUUUGAGGAGCAAAAUUGGCAUUAUUUUAAGUCACAUUUGUGGUAUUAGUCUUUUUUUUUUUAAUGAAAUAAAAUGGUUUUUUUUUAAGUUUAUUUAAUAGGCUUUCAAAUGACUUCAAUAUUGGUGGGGGUACAAGCGCAUGUUAAGGGUUUUAAUAACACGUGAAAGUUAUUUUCGCGGAGGCGCGAAUGUGCCUUUAUCUUCAGAAGAAACAGUUUUAUUAAUAUUAUUCGAUUUAUAUUUCUUAUUUUGUAUUGUAUAAUUGUUAGAUAACUUCACUAGAGUCUGUGCGGAAAGAGAAUGGGAUUUAGAUUGGAGUGCGCUGUAGUACUUUUCUACCGUAUUUGUAAGGUUUUACCCCUUUUAGACAUGAUUAAAUACAAAAAAUCGCAAGAAAUCACAACAACAAACAAAUCCGUAUCAAUACAAAACAUUGACGUUUUACAGGUUGCCUAAUUUUUUUUUUUAAAGUUCCGUUUUUCGCCACGCCCAUUCUCUUUCCGCACAGACUCUAACGUAGAUACUUUACAAAAUCUUGUUUGAUAAAUAAACAAGUUAAACUUGUUUCGUUGCAUGUGAUAUUUUUAUAAUUUAUUUUAUUGGACGAUAUUUCCAAUCAUGUUUUUUUUAUUGUUACUGUAUUUUUACGUCGCGUAAGUACCUAGUCUUUCGAUUGUUGAUUUUUAUCUAGGUUUUAUAUGACACUCGUAAUUUUAGCGCAAAAAUGUUCGUUUCAUCAAAAUAAUGACGAUCAUAAUUGCUUUAAUGUCUUAUUGUAUUACGUCAAAACUAAUUGAUUUUCAUUUGGCAAAUUUGAAGAUAAAAUCUUAGUUAUUUCAUUAUCAUAAGAAUGAAGAUAGAUUUUAAUCAUAAGACGCUUAAAAUUAAUUAAAUGUAGAUAUUAAAGAACAGAUAAUAAUAUGUACAUAGUUGUGAAAACGUUUAAAAAUCGAUCUAUCAUGCUUUGACAGGCGCUAUCUUCUACGUGAUAAAUAUUUAAAGUCUAGAUUUAAGUAAAUUUUAUCAUUGGAAUUUUAAAGACUGAUUAUGUAGCAACAGAGAGAAAAGAAUCUUAAUCAAUAAAUGGAUAUAA